AUGCUCCGGGUCCCGGUUCUGGUGCUCUACGGACCGCAUUGUGGCAACAGUGUGUGCUAUAUGGUGUCCUGGACGGGCGAUCGCAUUCUAUGCAGAGAACUGCUUUCAUGCGCUCCAGAUUGCAUCACUAUCAAUGUUCUCCGUUUCAUUUUUGGCAUGGAGCAGAAAAUCGACCACCCAGAGUCAAUAUUUGUGACAGAUUUGACAGUCCUUACCAAGUGGAACCACUUUGGUACAAACAAUGCUUGCGCUAUUGUAAAGUUCAUCUUGUAA